UAUCAGGAGGCGUCCAGGUUGUGGUCAAAGUCUGCCGUGCAGAACAAAGUGGUCGUCAUCACCGAUGCCAUCUCAGGACUGGGAAAGGAGUGUGCUCGGGUGUUCCAUGCAGGUGGGGCAAGACUGGUGCUGUGUGGAAAGAACUGGGAGGGGCUGGAGAGCCUCUAUGCUACCUUGACCAGUGUGGCUGACCCCAGCAAGACAUUCACCCCAAAGUUGGUCCUCUUGGAUCUCUCAGACAUCAGCUGUGUUCAAGAUGUUGCCAAAGAGGUCCUGGACUGCUACGGGUGUGUGGACAUCCUCAUCAACAACGCCAGCGUGAAAGUGAAAGGGCCUGCCCAUAAGAUUUCCCUGGAGCUCGACAAAAAGAUCAUGGAUGCCAACUACUUCGGACCCAUCACCUUCACCAAAGUUCUGCUUCCCAACAUGAUCUCCAGGAGAACAGGCCAGAUCGUGUUAGUGAACAACAUCCAAGCCAAGUUUGGGAUCCCCUUCCGCACAGCCUAUGCAGCCUCCAAGCACGCCAUCAUGGGUUUCUUCGACUGCCUCAGAGCUGAGGUUGAGGAGUACGAUGUUGUGGUCAGCACUGUGAGCCCGACUUUCAUCCGUUCCUACCGUGUUUAUCCUGAGCAAAGAAACUGGGAGUCAUCCAUUUGUAAAUUGUUUUGCAGGAAGCUGGCCUAUGGCGUGCACCCGGUGGAGGUGGCUGAGGAAGUGAUGCGCACGGUGCGGAGGAGGAAGCAAGAGGUGUUCAUGGCCAACCCGAUCCCCAAGGCCGCCGUGUUCAUCCGAACCUUCUUCCCCGAGUUCUUCUUUGCUGUGGUGGCCUGUGGGGUGAAGGAGAAGCUCAGUGUCCCAGAAGAGAAUUAA